AUGCCUCCUUCACUUUCCGAUUUGGAUGAUACAGAAGCAUCUCUGUCAAACAGGGUCUCCGCCCCUCCUUUGAUUGACUGUCUACCUCUGCACGUUGUGUCUGAGAUCUGCGAUAAUAUCCUGGGUGAUAUUGGAUACUUGCAAAAGCUCGGACAUCUUCCAUCCUACUGGAAAUUCCGCCUGACCGAUAAUUUUGGAAUCCGUUUAGAAGGCCUAAAUUUCGAAGAAAAAGCAGCGGGUUUGGCAGCCGAGCAUCGCGGGAAGCCAAGGGAGCAUCACGAGGAAGAUCUACGUCGUUUGAGAUAUUUAAUUGAAGCCGUGUUCAAUAGACCACGUAUUUGCCAUUGUGCUUUUACCGGGGUUGAAAAAACACUUAAAGAUCUCUUACGUCUUGCUGAGAAUUCGCCAACCUUGUACUGCCGUGAUCUUGGUGAGCUCUUUUUGAAGAAAGCACACCAGGAAUAUGCGAAAGACAUCAAAACAGCCAGAAAUCUCCUCGGUGAGAUUCAUGGCGGGUCUUUUUGGGGGGAUAAAAAUGUCGCCGAAGCUACCUUUCCAAAUGUGAUGGCGCGACUGCUUGGCUGUGACCGCCAAACAUUUGAGCCGGCCAAUGUCUUUGACGAAAUCGGGGCUAUAAGUCCUAAUAUAUUGAGCGAUAUUCUUAUCAUCAGAAGCUGCAAUGAGCCUGAUUCAAUUGACUAUGCAGAUCUUAUAGAUGUAGCUGUCGCUGCACGGAGCUUGGAGAGGAAACUGGAUGAAAUCGACCGCGGGCUUCAGCACGCCAUCGGGCUCUAUUUUCCUACAUCGGACGACAAUUAG